UCCCUCUCCAUCACCUGACGCAGCUCCAGAGAAAGAGAGGAGAAAGUGAGAAGGCUUCUCAGUACCCCCUUCCACCUUCUUCCACCCCCAUUUUGUUAGAUCCUCUGCUCUCCCGUGCUAUCUUCGUCUCUUGCCUGUGUUCUCCCAAGGAAGAGCUACUGAUAGAGUGCCGUGAAAGACUGUUGUGGUUUUCUCAGAUCGGUCCCUUUUUUCUCUAUCCGACUGUCAAUUUUCGACGUUUCUUUCGGCACUGAUGUGUUCAUCUUUGCGGGCGUUUUCGGAGAAGUAGAGCAGCAGAUUCGUUGGUUUUAAAAAGGUUUACGGUGUUUUUGAACUGAGCUGCGGCGAAUUCGAACCAUGAUGGACACAACGAAGUUUACUGGAAUUAUCGCUGGAGGAGGGGGCGGUGGUGGUGGGGGUGGGAACUACUACGACAUGGCGUACUAUCGGAAGCUCGGCGAAGGGACCAACAUGUCGGUGGACAGCAUCCAGACCAGCACUGGUGGAGGGUCUGUGGCGAUGUCGGUGGGGAACAGCAGCGUUGGAUCGAGCGACUCACAGACCGGAAUACUGCAACAUAACGGCCUCCGGCGGACCGCCGCGGUUGCGGGUAGCUCAGUUGGUCACAGCGUUUUCCGCGCUGGUCGGGUCACCCAUGCCCUAAACAGCGAUGCACUCGCUCAGGCUUUGAUGGACCCCGGUUUCCCCACGCAAGGCCUCAACAACUACGAUGAAUGGACUCUUGAUCUCAGGCAGCUGAGUAUGGGGGAGCCCUUCGCGCAAGGGGCUUUUGGUAAGCUCUACAGAGGAACUUAUAAUGGAGAAGACGUAGCCAUUAAGCUGUUGGAGAAGCCGGAGAACGACCCUGAGAGAGCUCAGUUGAUGGAGCAGCAGUUUGCACAGGAGGUGAUGAUGCUUGCUAAUCUGAAGCAUCCUAAUGUGGUUAGGUUUAUUGGGGCUUGCAGAAAGCAGAUGGUUUGGUGCAUUGUGACCGAGUAUGCGAAGGGCGGAUCAGUUCGACAGUUUCUAAUGAAGAGGCAAAACCGUUCUGUGCCUCUGAAAAUUGCAGUGAGGCAGGCAUUAGAUGUUGCCAGGGGAAUGGCAUAUGUUCAUGGACUGGGUUUCAUCCACCGUGAUUUAAAAUCUGAUAAUCUUCUCAUUUUUGGGGAUAAAUCGAUCAAAAUUGCUGACUUCGGUGUAGCUCGCAUUGAAGUUCAGACAGAGGGGAUGACACCAGAGACUGGGACCUACCGUUGGAUGGCUCCAGAGAUGAUACAGCACAGACCCUACACACAGAAGGUGGAUGUGUAUAGCUUUGGCAUUGUGCUUUGGGAGCUCAUUACCGGCAUGCUCCCCUUCCAGAACAUGACAGCCGUGCAGGCCGCUUUCGCCGUCGUCAACAAGUCCGUGAGACCGAUCAUACCGAGCGAAUGCCCCCCAGCUCUCGGCGAGAUCAUGACCCAUUGCUGGGAUGCCAACCCUGAUGUUCGCCCUCCGUUCGCCGAUAUCGUAAAAAUGCUCGAGAAUGUUCAGGCUGAGUUGGCCGUCUCUGUUCGCCGGGCACGGUUCAGGUGCUGCUUGACUCAGCCGAUGACCAUAGACUGAACCAUGCUUAUUUGUGUGCAUUUGUUAUUUAGAAGACUGGUUAAGGAAGAUGGUGAAUGAGUUGAAUAUGCUGCUUCAAGCUGUUUCCUCUUCUUCACAAGUAUUAAUGCAAGUUAAGUUAGUUGUCACUGGCUCCUUUUUGGUUUAGUGUUUUUAUUGUAUGAAAUUUCAUUACUCCUUUUUUU